AUGGUCUUCAAACUUGCCGCUGCAACCAUUGCUUUCGCUGCCCUUGCUGGCGCGGUCAACUUCAGGCGUGUUACUUGUCCUGACGGUAACAUCGCCAGUCACGAAGCUUGCUGUGCGUUCUUCGCACUCCGCGAUGACCUCCAGGAGAACCUCUUCGACGGCGAAUGCGGCGAAGACGUCCAUGAAUCCUUGCGUCUCACCUUCCACGAUGCUAUUGGCUUCUCCAGGUCCGGCAAGCUCAAGGGUGGAGGAGCUGACGGCUCCAUGAUCCUUUUCAGCGACAUUGAGACCAACUUCGCUGCAAACGCCGGUAUUGACGACUCAGUGGACGCACUCUCGCCGUUCCUCACUCGUCACUUGGUCACCGCUGGCGAUCUUAUCCAGUUCGCUGGAGCUGUUGGAACUACCAACUGCCCUGGAGCACCGCGUCUCCAAUUCCUUGCGGGUCGUCCAAACGCCACAUUCCCUGCUGAUGACAACACCGUUCCAUUGCCGCAGAGCGACGUGACUACGAUCCUUGAGCGCAUGGAAGACGGUGGCUUCUCACCCGCUGAACUUAUCCAUCUGCUUGCCUCUCAUACUAUAGCUCGUUCGGAUACGCUCGUCGCUGGCCAUGAAGCAGUUCCAUUUGAUACGACACCGUUCACUUUUGAUACGCAAAUCUUCCUUGAAGUUCUGCUUAAGGGAGUCGGUGUUCCCUUCGGUAUUAACAACACUGACGGUGCAGAAGUCGAUUCGCCCAUUCCAAACUCUGGUGAGAUGCGUCUGCAGUCUGACUUCGCGCUUGCUCGUGACCGACGAACGGCUUGCGAGUGGCAGAGUAUGGUUGAUAACCAACAGUUAAUGAUGAAUAACUUCAAGAGCGCCAUGGCCAAGCUUGCGGUUGUCGGACACAAUCCGAACAACCUCGUUGACUGCUCGGAAGUUGUCCCGCAAGCGAAGCCGCCCGUUAGGAAGCCAGCUACAUUCCCCGCCGGUACCAGUCGCGCUGACGUUCAACAAGCCUGCCCUGAACCUUUCCCGGUCCUCCGCACUGACCCUGGUCAAGCUACUCAAAUUCCGGCUUGCCCAGAUGGCGACCUUAAUCUCGACGACUGCCCAUCUUAA